AGAAAAAAAACACGUCCAGCUCUCACUUUUACGGCUUUAUUACGAGUUAUUUCUGCGACAGGCCUGGCCUAUACGUCAGCACCGCGCGACCCGUUCCUCCUUUCUCUCGUCCUGAAGAUGGCGGCAGGGACUCUCUACACAUACCCAGAGAACUGGAGGGCCUUCAAGGCUCAGAUCGCUGCCCAGUACAGCGGGGCUCGUCUGAAGAUUGCCAGUGCCUCCCCUGCCUUCACCUUUGGGCAGACGAACCGAUCCCCUGCUUUCCUCAGCAACUUUCCCUUGGGCAAGGUUCCUGCUUACCAGGGUGAUGAUGGCUUCUGUCUGUUUGAGAGCAAUGCCAUUGCUCACUUCUUGAGCAAUGAUGCCCUUCGUGGCAGCACGCCCCAGGCCAGUGCCCAGGUGCUGCAGUGGGUCAGUUUUGCUGACUCUGAGAUCAUCCCUCCAGCUAGUGCCUGGGUGUUCCCCACCUUGGGCAUCAUGCAGUUCAACAAACAGGCCACAGAACAGGCUAAGGAAGAGGUGAAACGUGUCCUCGCUGUCCUCAAUCAGCAUUUAAACACCCGCACUUUCCUGGUUGGGGAGAGAAUCAGUCUGGCCGACAUCACUGUUGUCUGCUCUCUGCUCUGGCUUUACAAACAGGUCCUUGAGCCUGCUUUCCGUCAGCCCUACCCCAAUGUCACCCGCUGGUUUUCGACCUGUGUCAACCAGCCUCAGUUUAAGGCUGUUUUGGGCGAGGUCAAGCUCUGCGAGAAAAUGGCUCAGUUUGACGCUAAGAAGUUUGCUGAGAUGCAGCCGAAGAAGGAGGCUCCUGCCAAGAAGGAGAAAGCUGGUAAGGAAGGAGGCAAGCAGCAGCAACCGCAGCAGGAGAAAAAAGAGAAGAAAAAGGAGGAAAAGAAAGCCGCCCCUGCUGAGGAGGAGAUGGACGAAUGCGAGGCUGCAUUGGCUUCUGAGCCGAAAGCCAAGGACCCAUAUGCUCACCUUCCUAAAAGUUCUUUUGUCAUGGAUGAGUUCAAGAGAAAAUACUCCAAUGAGGACACCCUGACCGUGGCGUUGCCUUACUUCUGGGAUCACUUUGAUCGCGAGGGCUUCUCCAUCUGGUAUGCCGAGUACCGCUUCCCUGAAGAGCUGACCAUGUCCUUCAUGAGCUGUAAUCUUAUCACCGGAAUGUUCCAGCGACUCGACAAACUGCGUAAAAAUGCCUUCGCCAGUGUCAUCCUCUUCGGCGCGAACAAUGACAGCUGCAUCUCUGGAAUCUGGGUCUUCAGAGGCCAGGAGCUUGCAUUUACUCUGAGUGAGGAUUGGCAGAUCGACUACGAGUCCUACACUUGGCGCAAGCUGGAUGUGGACAGUGAGGAGUGCAAGACCAUGGUGAAGGAGUACUUUGCAUGGGAGGGGGAAUUCAAGCAUGUAGGCAAAUCUUUCAACCAGGGCAAGAUCUUCAAGUGAGAACAUCUUGCACCUAGUAUUUAUCAUCAAUCAAUGGACAUGAAAAUUGUUUGCGAAUCCCAUGUAAAGGCUUUGAGCUGUGUCUGAACGGAAGACUUGAGUUGAGAAAAAUAAAACGUUUUUUUUUUCCACAA